CUUUUCUACAUCAGAAAAAUUAAUAUAACUCAACUACAAACGGAUAUUUAUGUAUUCGUUCAUGACUCAUCCUUUUUAGUUUAUUCCUAGUCAUAGUCAGUAUAUACCUUAAAUUUUUGAUUCAGUAGAACAAACAGAAAUGGGGAGAGUUAAGCUUCAGAUAAAGAGAAUUGAAAACACAACUAAUAGGCAAGUCACUUUCUCGAAAAGAAGAAAUGGGCUUAUCAAGAAAGCCUACGAACUUUCUGUUCUUUGUGAUGUUGAUUUAGCUCUAGUCAUGUUUUCUCCAUCUGGGAGACUCAGUUUCUUCUCCUCCCGCAAUAAAAGUAUAGAAGAGAUUCUUGGACGCUAUGUUAAUAACCUUCCACAGAAUGACCAAGGACGGCAGCAUAAUCAAGAGUUUCUGAAACGAGCGAUUAGUCAGAUAAGGAAUGAAGGUGACCAACAUAACAAUCGUACAAUUACCAGCCGUACGAGCUCCGAUUCUCAGCUUGAGGAGAUUCAGCAAGUAAUCCUUUGCUUUAGGUUGCAAUUAAAAGAAAUGGAGAAUCGACUAAGGAUAUACGAAGGUGAUCCCUCUGAAAUCACGACCCUGCUUGAGGCAGAAUACUGGGAGCAGAUUCUUCAAGAGACUCUAAAAAAUGUCUGUUUGCGCAAGGUAGAUUUACUUCCAAAGACUGCAAAUGUAGAAGAAGAACUGAUACCAAUGACUACUGAUAGUACUCCACAAAAUAUACUGGAUCACUGCUGGCUUCCACGAAGAGACCAACAAAUGCAAAUGCUUAAUUUUUUUCACGAAAAUGGGCAUCUCUCAUUGAGAUCUGAAAGUUGAUCGGAGGUUCGCUCAAGCCAUGGUGGCGAGAGGUGGUGGUUCGGGGUCGAGCAGGACGUAAAAGAAAAGGAAAAAGAAUAAAGAGGGGUAGAGAGAGAGAGAGAGAGAGAGAAGACAAAGUGAAUAGAGAGAUGUGUGGUUUCAAGAGUCGACGAACACUGCCCUAGACUCUGCAGGUUGUCGUUGGGGGAAGGAGCUCUGCAUGUGCACUCCUCGCAUGUGCAUUCCUUGCCAGCAAAAGAGAGAGAACAAAGAGAUCGACGGAGUGAUGAGAACCAAAGAUCUAGGGUUUUGGGAUUCUGGGAUCUCGGUCUACGGUCUUCGGUCGGGAAUUGGAUGGCAUGGUGAUAAUAGAAGAAGAAGGAAGGAAGGAAGGAAGCGAAGGGAACCAUCGUGGUUCCAUGAAGCCAAAAGAAUAAGAAGAGAAGAAAAAGAAAGAAAAAAAAUAUAUAUUAAAAUUUUAAUUAUUUUUUAAAAUUAUUUUUCUGAUUUAUAUAUUUAAAUUAUUAAUAUGAUGUUAACUAAUAAAAUUUUGGAAAAUUUUACAAUGCACACCCUUAAAAUAGAUAUAUUGAUGUACCCUUAUCUGUUUUAGCAUCCGAAAUAAUUUUUUAGUCAAAUUUUUUCUCAUGGUCAUGUAUGUUAUAGUUAUUUAAGGCAUCCUGCAAAAUUUUAAGAAAUUCAGAAAAGUUUAACACGCUGAAAAUUAUGUUCCGAAUAGACUGUUUAACACGCUGUAAAAUAGACUGUUUGAACAUUGUUUUCUAUAUUGUAAAUUAUUCCGAAUUUUUCAAAAUUUUGUAGGAUAUCUUAAAUAGCUAUAACGUACAUGAAUAUGAAAAAAAAUUAGACUAAAAAAUUCUUUAGGAUGCCGAAAUAAGUUAAGGGUGCAUCAGUACAUCCCUUUUAAGGGGGUGCAUUGUAGAAUCACCCUAAAAUUUUAGUGUACGCUUGAAAAAGAAAAUUAAAACGUUUUAAUUUUUGAUCAAAAUAACUUAGAGUACUUCCAAUAAUUUUUUACUUAAGUUUUUUAAAAUACAUAAGUAAAAUUUUAUUUUUUUUAUUUUAUUUUAAAUUUUCACAUUAAAUCAUAGAUAAGUUUCUCUACUUACUCACAAACAUCAUUUAAAUAAUACAUCUUUUUAAUAUGUAUAUAUUUAAAAUACAUAUUAUCAAGAUAGGAAUAAAUAAUUUAAAUACUAUUAAUUAUUUUUAAAAGAGCAAUAAUGUUUAUCAAUUAUCAUCUCUGGUUGAGUAUGAUUUUAAGGAAUAGCUUUACUUAGACUGACAGAAGUUGUAGUGAGUUAUUAAUUAGUUAUUUAAAAGUAUAGCCGUAUGAUUACAGAAAUAUAUUAACAAGAUAUUUUGCGGUUAAUUUUCAUAU